GUGUGUGUACAUGUGCACGAAUCUCCCUGCCGCAACUUUUUUUUUAUUUUUUUAUUUUUUACUCCAACAGGAAACAGCAGCAAUAUUGUAAGCAACAGUAAAUACCAAGCAAAUACAAGUGGACGAUGGCAAUAGGAGCAAAAGUGCAGGCGUCCAAACUGUCGCCGGUUGUGAAUGAAGACAUGAUCAGGAAACUGUUCGAGUUCAUCGGCCCACUGGAUAAUCUUGUACUCAUCCCAAGUCCACUUGGCUCUGGAUUUGAAGCAAUUAUCGAGUAUCGCGAUAAGGAUGCAGCUGUGACAGCAACACAUUUGACAGGAACUUUAUUUGGUGGACGACCCUUGGCAGUAACUCAGAUGGACGUGACAGUAUCAUCUACUACUGCUAUAGCUACUGGAACUCCAGCAACAGCAAUAGGACUUAAUCCAAUAGGACGCCCGUUCCCUAAUUUGGUCUUGAAUAAUAACAUUAAUAAUAGCAGCGCGGCUACGACACCACAUCAAAACAAUAACAGCAACAGCGGUAAUCCUAUGAUCCGUAUGGGGAACACACUGGUCAACCACUCACAGUACAAUGGCAUGGGUAUGGGUAUGGGCAUGCCUAUGGGUAUGAAUAUGGGUAUGGGUAUGCCAAUGAGCAACCAAUUUCAACCUCUAUAUCCUAGUCCUCAUAUGACGCUCUAUAAUCCAAAUAUCUUGCCUCAAUACCAACAGCAACGGCCCGCGGAGACGCAGGUCGAUCUAGAUAAAGUAGAUACCAAAACAGUCUACGUUGGUAACUUGCCCUUGACAGUGACUCAGGAACAGCUAGAAGAAGUCUUUCAGGACUGUGGCAAGGUUACGCGAGUUAACAUUGCAGGCAAACCCACUCACCCAACACGGUUUGCAUUCAUGGACUUUGAUACCAUUGAAGGUGCCAAGAAGGCUCUCUCGAGUACCGACAAGAUGAUUGGUGAUCGACGACUGAGGAUCAACUUACCUAGACACAGUGGACCUAUGCCGUUUAUGAUGCAGCAGGCGCAGAUGAUGCAACCUCCACAGAUUCAACCACCGCCAGCAACGGAUCCUAUUCGCACCCGGUACAAGAAUAUCCUUAUUGGACUUGUCAAUCGUGGAGGCGACCCAUCACUUUUAAAGAAAUUGGAAGAGCUGGAAGCGGGUGGACCUCUUCCUGAUCUAAGCGACAUUCCUGGGAUUUCACCCGACAUUGCCUCCAAGAGUCAGGAUGGUUCUCCUGCUCGUCCUUCAACAGCAGAUGCUACCAGUACCAGUUCUGCUACUGCAGCUCAACAGGCGUCUGCAGCCUCCUUGCUUGAGAAAUUAGUAUCCUCUUCGAGGAGACGAUCGAGAUCUAGGAGCAGUAGUACCAGGAGACGGAGUCGGUCGCGUUCUAUCGACAGAGAGUACUAUAGGCGCAGUAGCAGAAGACGGUCGCCCUCGGGAUCCCGUUCAGGAUACUCUCGCAGCUCUCGAUAUGAUCCCGACUAUGGACGGUAUGACUACCGCGAUCGCGAACGUGAAAGGGAGUCUAGUCGUAGAGGCUACAGCCGUGAGCGUGAACGUGAGAGGGAGCGAGACAGAGAAAGAGAUAGAGAUAGAGAGCGUGAGAGACCACGAGAUCGCGAUAGAGAGAAGGAAAGAGACAGGGAGAGGGAUCGAGACAGAGAACGAGAUAGAGAUAGGGAACGAGAUCGAGACAGAGAUAGAGAGCGACAUCGUGACUAUGAUCGUCAUCGCCAUCGUGAUAGAGAACUUGAAAGACGCCCACGAGAAGGCGAGAAGGCUGGCAGUGAGAUGGAAGCCAGAAUGAAAAGUCCUCUCGUAAAUGACAGACCAGUUGCUGAAAAAUAAAAC